CUCUCUCUCUCUCUCUCUCUCUUUCCGUCCGUCGCACUCUCAUCCUCAUCGAGCACCUACACUCGUACUACGUGCGCCCUUCCGUCGUUCGCCGGUCACGUGAGAUCCGGAAGAAAAAGACUGGCCGCUUGCGGAAGCGCUCGAGAGAGGGACAGGUAGAAGGGAGGCGAAGAAGAUUCGCCGGCCGGUCGUCUUCGGACCGCUAACUCGGUAGGAUAACUCGCGCACGCAUGGAGCCGCCGCGAUGGGGUGGCGCGACACGCGCGACGGCGGCGGCGGCGGCGGCGUUCACCCGGCAGGAUGAUACCGAGAGACGGAAAGAGAAGACGGACCGGCGGUGGUGGGCCGGCAAGAAGGGCGAGGAGCUCCAGGAGUCGGUGGCGAGCGAAAGGGGCUGCAAAUCGGCCGCGGCGGCGUGGAUGUCCUUGCUGUCGCUCUGCGAGCGGAUGUGCGGUACCGCCGCGUGGCUCAUCCCGGUCACAUGCCUUCGCGGGGAGGGCCGAGGAGAAGUGACAGACAUAAGCGCAAGUCCUGGGAGGCAGGCACCUGCCAACCAGUUGCGCCCCAAGGAACCACCCCCCAUGGUCAUUCAAGGAGACUUCAGGAAGUGGGAGGACCUACCGUUGCAGGUGAGCGGGAUCAGCACAGAGAUCUUCAAGCAGAUCGAGACUGUCGAAAACGAUCAUGACGCUUCGACAGCGGCGGCCCUUGAAGCUGUCGAGCGGAGAGGCGAGAUGGUCGUGCGUGUCAUUGAGCCUCGGCAAAUGGGUAGACAGGCUUCCGAGGCGGCGAAAAAAUUUAUCGCCAUGCAGGAUCCCAAGCACCCUAUCCACUUCGUCGAGAUAAUCAAACGACCGGGACAGACCCUCGGCCUCUACAUACGCGAGGGCAACGGCGUCGACAGAAACGACGGGGUCUUCAUCUCGAGGAUAGCCUUGGAAACCGCCGUCUACAACAGCGGCUGCUUGAAGGUGGGCGACGAGAUCUUGGCGGUGAAUCUGGUCGACGUGACGCAUAUGAGCCUGGACGAUGUCGUGAUCAUCAUGUCGAUACCAAGGCGACUCGUCUUGGCCACCAGGCAUGGUCCGCACCAACCAGUCUCGCACAGCCGCCAGACUGAGCACAAGGCGCCGCCCGUGGUAGUUAUCAAGAGGGAGCUGAAUGAGGACGAGAGUGACCAUGCGACGAGUAACCACGUCAGGUAUUCGGUCUCAGAUAGCAGCCGUCGACGAGGCGACGGGCGUGAGAUGCUGCCAUCGCGAUCGAGACUCGGUCUCACCGGUUUGGGAUCUAGUCAAGAUCUCGGAUCGAGCAACGGCGAUUUGUACUACAAUUCGCGGCCGGAAGGUCACUGGUCCUAUCAACCGCCACCGCCGCCGGUCAUCACGCACCAGCCGAAACCUUCAGCGACGCAACACUUUCAGCCGUACGAGCGCGGUUAUCCGAAGACCCUGGAGAGCUUGGCAGAGAAAGAUUUCACAAAGGUACACCCCUUCUACACGGGGCCCGUGAUGCCCUCGAAUGGCGGCCGGCGUAUGUCGACCGGUGGCGGAAUGCAAUCAGUCGGCGGCAGGCUGUCGGGCCAAACCCAGUCGACCCAUUACGGUUACGGCCAGCACACCGGAAGCGGAAGGAUCAUGCCGAGAAGUGGUUCCGACCAGCAUCUACCUCGAGUCGAUUAUACCAGUAUCACGACGCCGGCGCGACAUACCCUUCUUAGAUCCAGCUUGAAAUCAGGUACAUCAGCAUUGCGCUACAACUCGAGGUAUGGCGGUCAGACGGACAUGACAUCCGCCGCACAGAGGCAGGGACAAUUCGGCACCCUGACGAGGCGACAUCGACCUUCGUUGGACUACGCCUCCGACACCGAGGCCACAUGCUCCAGCUCGCCAAAAUCAGCGUAUUACUACUAUAGGCACAACAUGAACAAUCCACCUCAAAGUAGCGCCGUAUCGCACUUAGCUACCCUUUCGAGGUCACAAAUCGGUCAGAGUUCCUCAGGUUUAAGGUCAAACUCGUUACCACGAAGCGGUCGGACGUUGCCGCAGCAGCCUGGUCUCAGGUCGGGUCUCAGCACAGUUGCGUCGGGCCUGAUCGAUCAAGAGGACAGCGACGGCGCUCUGUCGGCGCCGGAAUUGCCUUCCAUCAGACGUGACAGAGGCAGGAUACCGUCCUCGCCGAGCGUAUUCACGUCCGACGAGUAUCGCGCCUGGCUGAGCCGUACGCCGAGCACCAGCGCUCUGUACGAGCAGAUCAGGGCGACCACAAGUAGACCACCCCGUUACACAUACAGCGCCGAGAACAUUCACGCAGCCGUCAAUCAGGGAGACUAUGGCAGUUACGGUGCGUACAGACCGCUCUCGAGCACGCUCGAUCGCCUAUCGACGAGAUCGGCGUCAGCCCAACAGGUGAAUCUUGCGAAUCUGAGAGCGUCGACGGCGAUCAGUUCGACGUGCCAUCGAGGAGCAACGAAUCCAAGGCCAGCCUCGGUGGCAUCGAGCGCGCGCUCGUCGUUGGCGACCCAGAAACCUUCGUUGAGCAGCUCCGCAAGCCAACGCGCAACCUCGGUCAGAAGAAUUAGGAACUUGCUGGACUUGGAGUCCACGAGGAGCAUACCUACUCCAACGCCUACCAGAACUCAGGAUCAAAGACUGCUAGAUAUUAAUCCUGCAGAGUUCCUCAAGUAUAAAAUAGAGAAACCGCCAACUGUAGGCACUCCGAGCUCGACAAGCUCGCUCUUGAGCUCACUCGGGGAGAAUAGUGGUGGCGAUUUGGCAGGUGGGGUCAGCGGAUUAUUGUGGGUCCAUCUUUUAGCGGGACGCGGUCUUCGAUCGACUACGACCUCAUCGGCUGCCACUACACCUUCCACUCCUUCGGGUCAACCAAAUUUAGCUAGUUGUGGCUUGAGAGACUUGUAUUGUGUGCUGGAGUGCGACAGGGUGCACAAAGCGCGGACGGUAGUACGAACCGGCGACUUGAUGUUUGACUGGGACGAAACCUUCGAGCUGGAUCUCGUAGGCAAUCGGCAGUUGGAUCUGCUCGUAUAUUCUUGGGACCCACAGUACAGGCAUAAACUCUGUUACAAAGGAUCGGUGCAUCUGGCAACUCUGCUGAAGGAGUCGCCGGUGCAUCAGCUAGCCGUCAAAGUUGAGCCACGUGGCACAAUCUACUUAAGACUGCGAUACACCGACGCCCAACAAACUUUCCGUAGAAGAGGUCUGCCGGUUAUAUCCUUAGCUACGAGGGUAGCGCCUCUCUUCGGGGUUGAUCUGGAUACAGUGGUAAGUCGAGAGACUAAAACUGGCGGAGUUCCCGGUGGAGUUUCCACGGCUCUAGCGAUGGGAAUGCCGAACGUUCCGAUAAUCGUGUGGCGUUGCGUCGAGGAGGUGGAGAGAAGAGGCCUCGAUAUCAUCGGUUUGUACAGACUCUGCGGUUCGGCGACUAAGAAGAGGAUACUUAGGGAAGCUUUCGAGAGAAACGCGCGUUCGGUGAAUCUUUCGCCUGACAAUGUGCCGGAUAUCAAUGUCAUCACUGGCGUGUUGAAGGAUUAUCUACGAGAACUUCCGGAACCUCUCUUCACGAAGUGCCUCUACCAAAUGAUGGUCGACGCACUGGCCGUCUGUUUGCCGGACGACCCGCAGGGCAACGCUAAGCUUAUGUUCAGUAUACUAGAUUGUCUGCCUAAAGUUAACAGGUGCACAUUAAUCUAUUUGCUGGAUCAUCUGGCGAUGGUAGUGUCGCAGUGCAAUAAAAUGUCACCGGCGAGUCUUGCCGUCUGUUUCGGUCCGGUGUUGAUGUUACACUCGGAAGAAACUGGACCUCCGCUAGAUUUUCAGCAACCAAUCGCUGUGCUGAAGUAUCUGUUGGAAAUAUGGCCAGUAAAGUCAGUUCGGAAGACUUCUUCAGUCGGUUCAACGCUUCCUCGAGUUACGCCAGUAGUCGAGCGCAGCAGCAGUCAGCAGCAUCUGCAGCAAAUGCAGCAGCAAAUGCAACAGCAGCAGCAGCAGCAGCAGGUGCAACUGCAGGGAACAUUGGGACGCACAGGGCUGCCUUGGCAGCAGCCACCCUCACUUCAUCAUCAACCCCAAAUUACGGUAGCCGCAGUCCUCGGGCCCUCCACUCGUCCGCCACCGCCGGUCAAGCCUCGACAGGUGAUAGUCUCGUCUCCCGGUUCACCUAGCAGCGAGGAAUCGGAGGCCUCGCCGGAGCCAAUUAACAAGAGCCUUCUGGGAGGUCUGGGAUUCGAGAAGAGCGACGAGACAACGACGACGACAAUGACGACGACGAUGACGAGCGUGUCGAGCGGCAUCGGCGUCGGCGGUAGCGCCGGUGUCGAGCAGGUGACGCCGACGAGCAGCGUCGACACUGAAGAGGGCAACCCCCAGCACCCUGAAGAGGGCGAGAAGGGCGUCGAGGGCGACGUCGAGGCGAGCGACGACGACCGGCACCAGCAUGUGCCCAAGACGCACUAGUCACGCUAGUACGAGGAAGCCGCGAGGAUGUCGAUUCUUCCUCGGCAAGGACGAAUAAGCGAACGAGCGUACGUCGAAGAUUGAGGACUGCUUCGUGACUUUGUAUGUAAGGCAUUGUCGCUCGUACGGACCUCCGUUUUGCUCUCCAGCAAGACUCAAUCGAGUAAGGCAGCAUAGUCGUUAAUUUCUGGUAGGAUCGAAUUUUCUCAGUAGGGUCAAAUCGUUUAAGUUUCAUCGAACGCGUUUGCGGUGCAGGAGGCAUGUAGAAGCGGUCCGAGCGAGAGUCUUCUCGGUCUACGUUGCUGAUAAUCGGCCGAUCGAUACGUAGCAAUCCGUUGUUGAGCAUUCCGAACAGGAAUCAGGAUCGAUCGCGGUCCUGGCGGAGUCCAUGGCUCAUGCUUGCUUGCUUGCGCGAAGGUUUGUUAAAGUUUAAACAAAAAAGAAGCAAAGGAGGAGAGAGAACGGAGACAGAAAGGUGCUUUGAGCUCGGUCGAUGUUACCAGAUUGUACUAGCAUAGAGGAUUUCCCGAAGAGCGAAUAACGAAAUGAAAAUCAACGCUGGCGAAUUUCUUACUUAAACAUCGCGCCUUGGUUUAUUGACUUCUGAUUGAAGUUGAGUUUCGCUAGAGUUGUGCAAAUUGAAUGUAACAUGAUUAGACACAACCACGUCGAACGAGAACGCUACCAGAAUGGUCUCGAGCAACUGAGGAGACGCUGGCCCGUACAACAAACCGCAGGACAAAUUAGGAUUCGAAAAAUGACACGCGUAUCCUUCCCGCAAGUGGCCGACGCAAACAAGCGCUGUAACGCUGAGGAAACGGUUUCCAUGCUGGAAAGUCGAGGUUGCAGAGAAUGAGAGACAACCGAAGCAACCGAACACACGUUCAGUCCCCUGCACGUCGCGAGAGUUUCUUCAAGUAGUCGUUUCACGGUCUGUCGAGUGUCCCUCGAGAAAGAAACGGUGGAUCACAGACGUAAGAUACCUUGUGCACAACAAAAGAAGUAAGUUGUUCUCUUUUAGAAGUUGCCGCAUAAAGACGGGGAGAAAAGGAAAGAAAGAAGAAAAAGAAGAAGAUAUAGGGGUGAGUGGAGAGACGGACGAGAUCCUUCCGCAUCGUCGCGAUCUUUGUCAUCGACAUCAUUAUCGUCACGAACACGACCCACACAACACACAGAACACACAAAACGCGAGCGCGAGCACGAACACGUGGUGGGCUGGUCAACGAAGAGGAGGCUCACGUGGCAUACAUAAUGAUCAGUUUAUACGCGACAUAUUAUAAAUAUAUAUAUAUAAAUAUACAUAUAUAUAUAUAUUAUAUAUACAUACAUAGACUAGUCACGAUAUUACGUGUGCUUUUGAUAAAAAACUAUUACUUGUAGCGUCAAUAGCUAGCCCUCGUAUACAGGAGAAAGAUGGAGUCACAUGAACAAACAAACAAACAAACAGUUUAACAAACAAGCAAACAAACAAACAAACAAACAAGUCGACAAAACUGACAAACUAACAAACUUAAUUAGACGAUAUAUAUAUAUAUAUAUAAUAUACAUAAAAGUGCGUAUAUAUAUAUACGUUGGGAAGGCGUGAAGACACGACGGCGUUUCCGCGUGUCGACAAUACAACGCGUACAUAAGGCGGAAUUGCUGGGACAUGUCGCGCCGCGGGUAUCGAUAUAGUGCCAGCUGGCUGGUCGCCGACCGACCGACCGGCCACUCUAUCAGUACUGAUCGGACAAUCGGUUGUCCCAGACUGGGUCACGGGGACGUUGGUUGGAAGACGUGGGAGAGUGGUUGCUGCGCUAGAGGAAUUCACCGAAAACGAUAAUAAUUACGAGUAAAAAAAGAAAUGUUACGAUUAAUUAACUAUACUUUUAAAGAAAACAGAAAGAGAGAGAAAGAGAGACAGAGAUGUAAGACGAGUAAAAAUAGCCAGUAUUAUUAUACGUCUAAACUUAAAACGACGAUCGCGAGAGGGAGAGAAAGAGAGAGAGAACGCGAGCAAGAGCGAGUGAGUGAAUGAGUGAGUGAGAGUGGGAGAGAAAGUGAACACGAACGAAUUAUCUAACGUAAAUUAACGAAAUGAAAGGAGAGAGACAGGAGUAUAUAGCGGGGUAUGAGGGGGGGGGAAUGUAAACGAUCGUCGCGAUUGUUGAGAACAAUCGUGCGGCGGCGAGAUCGCAACGGAACCGCGAGCGGACGCGACAUCAUCAUCAUCGUCGUCGUUGCCGUAAUCCUCGUUAUAAUAACCAUCACGCUAUCGUCGUUUCUAUCAUCGUUACUCGAUCUCGCUCGCGGCUCCGUUCGGCGACGAGAGAGAGAGAGAGAGAAAGAGAGAAAGAAAGAGAGAGAGAGAGAGAGAGAGAGAGAGAAAGAGAGAGAGAGAGAAAGAGGGGGGAGAAAUAAAACAUAUAAAAGGGAGGCACUGUAAUCCGUAUAAACACGCAGAUAUAAAUAUAUAUAUA